GGUAGUAACACAUCAGUAAAGUCUCCUUUGUCCUAAUGGGCGCUGAUCAUGUGUGGAAGUCACUGCUCACAAAACCAACUCAUGUAGUCAGAACUAAUUAACCUAUUUAUUAAUCAUUGGACAGAUAAUGUUUUAAUACAUAGUAAAUUCUUUACAACAAUUUUCAGUCCACUUGGCCAUCAGACGAGUGGUUAAAAAGUUGUUUUUUUCAUCACCGCAGCUUCUCAUUGAAGCAUCCAGGCUUUAGAGUGAGUUUCAGUUAAUCCAGAAGUUUGUUCCGUAUGGAUAUCAGUGCUGCAUUGUGGGAAAUGUGGCUGUAUCAGGAUGAAGGAAGUUCCCUCUGAAGCAGGGAGUGUCUGCAUAUAAAAUGGUCUGCAGUUCUCUGCUUCAUAGGUCAGAAGCUUGUUUAUUUUGUCUCUGUGGCUACGUUCAGUCCCAACGAAAUUAUCUGAACUUUUAUUGCAAAAAAAAAAAAGAAAAGAAAAGAAAGAAAGAAUAAAGAAAAAAAAAAGCUCCAGUAAUUGGCAUGCAUCAUCUUGUACAGAUUACUGUUUUGAACUUCCCUCUCUAUUUCAUCAAUUUUCCAGUCAGUUGAACGUCAACAAAUGCUAGUAUUAAUGAUAAAUUUAUUCAUUUAUUUGAUUUUUUUCCUUCAUUUUAGUAGUUAAUUUAUUCACAAGCUCAAAAUCUUUAAAAUAAAGGGCACUGCUCACUUGUUGAUUUUUUUGGCCCGUUUUAAUGACACCUAUACUGUGCUUCAUGAACUGUACACUUAUACAGCAUCACACACACACACACACACACACACACAAACACACAUACACACUUAAGAUCCAAUGAAAAGGGGGGAAUUUUUAAUUGGAUGAACAAAUAAAUAACAAACAAAAAAAAACAAUCAUGAACAAAUUUAGCUGCUUAAACGGGACUGCUAGCCAACGCUGGUUGAGAAGCCUUUAUUUACUGUCUAAUUAUUUGCACUGUAGAUGCCAUGUCCUCUUCUAUGACCAUGGAAGGCCCCCGCAGUGCUUUUUCCACCUCUUCCAGCUCCACAAAGCAUUCCAGUUCUUCAGCAAAUGACCAGAAGCCAAUUCAGAGUGGCAAUGUUGACCCAGAGGACACCAGGAACUGCAGGACGGUACCAGAGGUUGUCGGAGCAGAUAGUGGGAAUGGUAACAGCAGCAGUGGUGGUAGCUGCAGGGGUACCAGUGAGCUUGGAGGAGGGAGAGGUGUAACAUCCCAGGAGGCCCAGCCACAUCACCAGAUGACCCCGUCAAAGCGCCGGACUGUACUGAACAUCUCUCCGCCUCCACAAGACCUGUUUGAUGAUAGUCGUAUGUCCUGUCAGGAAGAAACAUCCCUGGACUCAGAGCAGAGCAACAGCAUCUGGAUGGAUGACUCUCUCUCCAACUUUAGCAUCAUGAGCAGCGUCUCUUACAAUGACAACACAGAGGUGCCACGGAAGUCCCGAAAACGUACCCCUCGCCAAAGACCUGGGCCUAAGACUGUGCCCACAGAGGAGGCCAGCAUGGACGUGUUUGAUGCAGACAGUGCCAAAGGUCCACACUUUGUUCUGUCACAACUAGGCCCCGACAACAAGACCGGGCAAAAAGGAAGUUCUCAAGAUGAUCCUCAGUCAACUAACCAGAAAGGAGGAACUCUUUCGAUACAAUACCCGCAGAAGAGUGAGGGGAAGGAGCUGAAGAUCCUGGUCCAGCCUGAGACUCAGCACAGAGCCCGCUAUCUGACUGAAGGCAGCAGGGGAUCAGUGAAGGACCGCACUCAGCAGGGCUUCCCUACUAUAAAGCUGGAGGGGGUGAAUGAUCCAGUGGUAUUGCAAGUGUUCGUGGGCAACGAUACCGGCCGUGUUAAGCCUCAUGGAUUUUACCAAGCUUGCAGAGUGACUGGCCGCAACACCACAACCUGCAAAGAGGUGGACAUUGAUGGCACAACUGUCAUUGAAGUCUCCCUAGAUCCAAGCACUAGCAUGACACUAGCGGUGGACUGUGUUGGGAUCUUGAAACUCCGUAAUGCUGAUGUCGAGGCUCGCAUCGGUGUGGCUGGGUCGAAGAAGAAGAGCACACGUGCUAGGCUGGUGUUUCGGGUCAACAUCCCCCGUCCAGAUGGUUCAGUGCUGACACUACAAACUCCAUCAUCUCCAAUCCUGUGUACCCAACCUGCAGGGGUGCCUGAAAUCCUGAAGAAGUCAUUACACAGUUGCUCAGUGAGGGGGGGAGAUGAAGUCUUUAUUAUUGGCAAGAAUUUCCUUAAAGACACCAAAGUCAUAUUUCACGAGAAUGUCUCUGAUGAGAAAUCGUGGAAGGCAGAGGCUGAAAUCGACAUGGAGCUUUUUCACCAGAAUCACUUGAUAGUCAAGGUUCCUCCGUACCAGAACCAAGCCAUCACCUCUGCAGUAUGUGUGGGGGUCUACGUGGUGACCAACGCGGGGAGAUCCCAUGACGUUCAGCCUUUUACCUACACUGCAGAGUCAGCAAAGAAUGAUGUUUCCGUGAAGACAGAGGCGCCCUCUCCAGUGAAGACUUGUUCUUUUGAUGAACAAAUUAAAGUUCUAGAUAGUGCCUUGAUGCCCUCAAUGUUGCCUCUUGUGAAAAGAGAAGAAGUCACUCCGAUGGAGGUAACCAGCAACCUCCAGUCCUCUGGAGUAUUUAAGCAGACUGGUGACCUGUGUCCAACCCAACAGAACCCAGACAUGGCUGCAGGCCAUCUAAAUAAGAACAGACCAUUCUCCAACAACCUGUCUCAGCCUGCAGGUGACCCUGACAAAGGCCAGGCUCCUGUUUUUACCAAUACAGAGCCUUUAAGCACCAUCCAGAAGCAGGACAUUGCUGCCACCAGCUCAUACACUGUGCCAGCAGACUCCCUGCUCCAACAAGGCUCACAGCAGUUCCUCUUGGAACCAAGAGAGGGCCUCGGACAGGAGAGGCCAGGCAGUGGCUCUGGAUCUGUGGGAAGGCUGUGUGGUGAACCUCCACCUCAACAGCAGCAGCUACCCAUGUUCCCCCCAGAUGAAGUGGCCCAGUUGGAGGAGGCAGUGAGACAACUUAAAGCCAAAGGGUUCUGUCGCUUACCACUUCAGCCUGACAACUCAAUGGCCAAACAGCAGCAACACAUGCAGCACCAACAACAGAUCCAAAAACAGCAAAUUCAGCAGCAGCAGCAGCAGCAACACCAACAAAUACAGCAACAACAGCUUCAGCAGCAGCAGCAGCAACAGCAGGCUUUGGAGAAUCUACAGCAGCAGCUGUUUCAGUCGCAGAUCCAAAUGCAGUGUGGCAUGUUUCAGGAUGCCUCUCAGGGCAAGAAUGCAGAGCAGCAGGGCUCAUCACAAGGAGUAGUACCAAACCAAGGGACCCUUUUCCAGCAGGCUCAGCAGCAGCAACAGCAGCAGCAGCAACAGCAGCAACAAGCAGCUCUGUUUCAGCAGGCAAAUGACCUGCUCUCUAUUCAGACCAACUUCCUCCAGCAGACCCCCUCACACCCGUCACCACCAAUGUUCCACAAUCCCAGUUCUUUGGCUGAAACUCAAGAUCCACAAGGGGCUCUGUUUCAUACUCAGAAAGCCUCUCACACUCAGGAGCAGGUCCAGGCUGCUCUAUUCCAAAACACCAUGACAGUACUACAGUCCCCAGACCAACAGCCCUCAACCCCAAGUCUUUUCCUUCCUCAGACAUCCCUGGCGUCUCAGCUUACAACCAGCAGUGCUCAACAACAACAACAGCAGCAGCAGCAACAACAGCAGCAGCAACAGCAGCAGCAGCAGCAGCAGCAGCUGGCCUUUCUCAGUGCUCUGCAGACCCCUGCCCCUGAACCUCAGUCAGUGUUUCAGGCUCAGACCCAGCUAUCUCCUAUUCAACAGAGAAGCCCCAUAGAUCAGCAACAGCCUUCCCAGCCUCAGCCCCACACACAACCAGCUCAGCAGGCAUCUCUGUUUCAGAGCAUCUCCCAACAUCCAGCUGCAAACACACUUUCUCCGGGCCAGCAGCAACAACAGCAGGCCGGCCUACUGUUCUGUAACAACCCCCUGUCCACUGCAGACCAGACCUCCAAUCUCCUGUUCAGCAGCCAGGGCCAGAUGCCUCCAUUGACAAGCAGCAGUCUAGUUUCCCAGGAGCCCCAAAACCCAUCUCUGCUUUUUUCCCAAGCCAACAUGGUGACAGUGAACCAGCGGGAUCGCUCUGAGCCCAUGGCCUUAGGGAAUCCUGCUGAUCCACGCCAGCAAGUGCUGUUUCAGGACCAACAGCCGAUGCAGCUUGGCAGCAGCUCUAACACCCGACAGGAGCAGCCCGUGGGCCUCUUCAUGCCUCAGUCUAACAUGGCCUCUCUGCAGGGGGGAAUGGCUGCUCAGGAGCUUGCACAGUCAGCCAUGUUUGCCUCACAGAACGGUGUUUCGAACCUCCAGACGACCACCUCUUCACCUGUUCAGCAGCCAGGGACUCUGUUUCAGUCCGCUGUCAGUGGGACCAUCAAUCAGCCCAGCCAGCCUCAACAACCUGGUCUCUUUCUGUUUGGUAUUCAGAAUGAAUGUGGCCAGCUGAUGAACACUCCUGGAAACACACUCUCGGAUCAGAUUAUAGCCAUCAGCCAGUCUGGUCAGAACCAAAGAGAGAGUGAAGCACGCAUUCAGUCACUGCUCAACCAGUCGCUGUCACAGUCUGCGACUGUGCAGAACAGCAUAGCUGCCUCUCAGAACAUGGAGAAGAUUGAUGACCUGCUGGUCAGCUUGCAAGAGUCGGGCAGCAACUUAACACGUUCAUACUAACCUUUAAACAGGAUUUGUCUUUCAUUUUUUAACGAUAAUAUUCAUUGUAAAAUUUAAAGAAAAAAGUCUGUUGAUAAUUUACUGCACAUUACGUACUUAUAUCUGAUCAUCAAUUGUUUUGCUGCGCUAUUAACACAUGACUUGGUCCCCUUCAGGACUGAGUAUUUAUUAGGAAAGAACAUUGAAGGUGAGAAACGGCAUUUGGCCCUUUUUAUCAGCUUUUCCUCUGGAAAGACAGUAAUUUAGUGGCCUUGUUAUUCAUGUAACAUGAAGUUUUGUUCAUAUCUAUAUAGAUGUCAGUGAUGUUGAUCUUUCGGUUCCAGUGGUGUUUUCUAAAGGGUUCUCCAAAGUGUCUAGUGUUUUCCAUGAAUAGUGUUCCCUUUAAUAUGUCUGUUGUAAUUUCUUUUAUCGUGUUUCCUGGUUGCAUGGAGGGUGAAGUGUGUGUUAUGGAAGGAAGGUUUUGACAGCAUGUGGUAUGUAUAGUUGAAGGUAGAAUGGGUUGAAUCUUUUUUUCAUUAGGAUCCAACAGUGCAGAAAGUGUAUGGAGAUGAAAGAAGGUUAGAAGCAGAAAGUAGAAAGGGAAGUAUGUAGGCAUGUGGGUGCUUAUUUUUUAAUAGUGUAGCAACAAGCUUGCCUCUGAUAAUAUAAAUGAACUCACUCUAGCUGUCUCUUAUAGCCCACAGUGACUUUGGUUUUCAUUGAUUAAUACAAUAAUAUGCAAGAAGAAACUUGGCUCAGUAGGUGUAUGACCUCAUAUUAUGGCUUUUGUUCACCAUCUACAGCCCAGUUAAAUUAAGCUGAUCCCAGCUUGUUUGGUACAAUAAUGCCUAUUAAAGAUUUGUAGUUCAGCAGUGUCACCACCAGCUGUGGAUGAAUCAUAUCACUCAAUAUCAGUAAGCAAACAU